AUGUCCGCCGCAGAAAAGGAUUUCUUGACAGACGACAAAAUUAGUGAUGAUAUCAUCAACAACAACAACAACAACAACAACAACAACAACAACAACAGUCAGGCAUUGAACGUUGACAGCACAGUUAGUAGUGAUGAUGAAUUUACUGGUGAGAAGAAAGAUGAAAAAUUCAAAAACAACACAGACAUCAAGGUAUAUAUUUCAAAGGACCAUCAUGCUAGUUCUGAUAAAAUCGAUUUUAUUGGUGCUGUAGACGAAGAUGACAACCAAAACGAAAAUGGAAGAGAACCUACCGAAGAAGAGUUGAGUACUUUGAGACAUGUGUCGGAAAGGAUUCCAUUCACUUGUUGGUUGAUUGCCAUCGUUGAAUUGGCUGAAAGAUUCUCAUACUAUGGUCUUUCUGCACCAUUCCAAAACUAUAUGCAAAACGGUCCUAACGACACACCAAAGGGUGUCUUGCAGUUGAAAUCACAAGGUGCCACUGCUUUGUCGUAUUUCUUCCAGUUUUGGUGUUACGUUACUCCAUUGUUAGGUGGUUAUUUGGCUGAUACUUUCUGGGGUAAAUAUAAUACUAUCUGUGUUGGUGCCAGUUUCUAUGUUGUUGGUAUCCUGAUCUUGUUUAUGACUGCAAUCCCAAGUAUCAACGAUAAAAACUCCUCGUUGGGUGGAUUUAUCGUUUCUUUGAUUAUAAUCGGUAUUGGUACUGGUUUUAUCAAAGCUAAUUUGUCCGUCUUGAUCGCAGAUCAAAUCCCAAAGACAAGGCCUAGAAUUAAGGUUUUGAAGAACGGUGAAAAAGUCAUCGAAGAUCCCAAUGUUACAAUGCAAAAUGUGUUUAUGUUCUUCUACUUGAUGAUUAAUAUUGGUUCUUUAUCUGUCAUGGCAACCACCCAUUUAGAAGCUAGUUACGGUUUCUGGGCUGCUUAUUUGUUAACUUUCUGUUUCUUCUGGGUCGGUAUCGUGGUGCUUGUGUUUGGUAGAAAGAAGUACGUGAGGAGGCCCAUUGGUGACCAUGUCAUUGCAAGAUGUUUCAAAAUCUGCUGGAUUGGUUUAUGCAACGGUUUCAAUUUGAAUAGAGCCGUUCCAUCUUUGAACCCAGAAAAGGAGUACCCAUGGAAUGAUUUAUUCAUCGAUGAAAUUAGAAGAGCUUUCAAGGCUUGUAAAGUUUUCGCAUUUUACCCAAUUUACUGGGUUGUUUACGGUCAAAUGCUUAACAAUUUCGUUACCCAAGCUGGUACUAUGGAAUUGCACGGUUUGCCAAAUGAUUUCUUACAAGCUAUCAACUCUAUUGCUUUAAUUGUAUUCAUCCCAAUCAUGGAACAAUUCAUUUACCCAUUUAUCAGACGUUUCACUCCUUUCAGACCAGUUACCAAGAUCUUCAUUGGUUUCUGUUUCGGUUCUAGUGCCAUGGUUUACGCUGCUGUCUUGCAACACUUUAUUUACAAAGCAGGUCCAUGUUACGACUUCCCAAUGUCCUGUGCACCAGAAUACGCAAACACUCCAAACAGAGUCCAUAUCGGCUGGCAAGUUCCUGCUUAUGUCUUAAUUUCUCUUUCUGAAAUUUUCGCGUCCAUUACUGGUUUGGAAUACGCUUACUCUAAAGCCCCAGCCACAAUGAAAGCCUUCAUCAUGUCCAUCUUUUUGGUCACGAACGCUGUCGGUUCUGCUCUCGGUAUCGCCUUGUCCCCAACAGCCGAAAAUCCAAAGUACGUCUGGACAUUCUCUGGUUUGGCUGUUGCUUGUUUCAUUGCUGGUUGUUUGUUCUGGCUAUGUUUCCACCACUACAACAAGGAUGAAGAAGCCUUGAAUGCAUUGGAUUACAAGACAGAAGAACAAGAACAAAUGUUGUCAGGUGUUGGUGUCACCGGAGAAGGUGCUGCUUUAUACAGUGUCUCCUCAGUUCGCAGUAGAGUUCAACAGCAACAGAAACAGCAAAAUCUAGAGCAUCAAUUAUCUCGCUCAGCUUAA